UUCAAGAAGGCCGCUAUUUCUGUCAAAUGCUCAUCAUGUCAAUCGUUCAAACAGUUAUGUAGGCAUAACAUUUUGUGAAAAUACUCUCAAGAAUAUUUUUUUGGAAAACGGUGCUUGUCCCUCAAAAAUUCAAGAUCGCAACCAUUUUUCAAGAUGGCCGCCAUUUCUCUUGAUGUACAAAAGCAUAAGGUUGAAAACGUGACCUAAAAACGGUGGAGAGCAUUUAAAACCUUUUAAAAAAGGUUUAAAAUGUUUACUUUAACAUCAGUCCUCAAGAACUUCUUCCCUCCUCCUCUUUCUCUUUCCUCCCCUCCUUUCUCUUCUCCCCCUCUCUCUCCCUUCUCCCUCUCCCUUCUCCCCCCCUCUCUCUGUCCUCUCCUCUCCUUUCCCCCAUCCUCUCUUCAUCUGCUCCUCUUUCACAACGCCUCCUCCUUCAGUCUCGGGACGUCCCAUCCAGCUCCCGUUCUCCUGUUCUGUCUCCAGCUGCACACUCCAGCCUCCCAGUUCGGAUGCAGGGAGCACCUCUCCAGCACUCGUUAUCAGACUUGCAUCCAGAACAGAGAUGGUUCCGGUCAAACUCCUCGUCAUGGGAUCACAGGACACCGGGAAGACAGCUUUGUGUGUGCGUUUCGUCACCGGACGAUUCAUCGGGGACUACGAUCGCAAAAAGGAGAUGACAUACAAGUGUCACAGGGUUUGCAACCAGGAAUCUGUCCAUUUGGAGAUUCUGGACCGAACUUCAAAGGAAUGUCCACAGGCUUCUGUAGAAUCCUGUAUCCGUUGGGCAGACGGGUUCCUGCUCCUUUACUCCAUCACGCAGCGCGUCAGCUUCCUGGAGGUGGAGCCAAUCAAGAAGCUCAUCGAUCAUAUCAAACAAAGCCCCGCUGCGCCUACAGUGUUGAUAGCCAACAAGGCUGACUUGGAGACAGGACGGGAGGUGACGACAGAGGAAGGACAAAACCUGGCCAAGGAUUUGAGAAUUUGUAUCUGGUGUGUGUGCGUGAGAAGAUGCAGCUUCAAGGAGCUGUCGGUGUCAGAAACCGCCGUUGCCGUGGAAGCAGCCGUCGUCCAGCUAAUAAGUUUAGUGAUGGCCCAACAGCGCCCCCUAUUACCCGACCGGCCUUCCUACAUGGUGACCGUGCGACACGCCCUGACCAGGAAACUGAUCCGCUCCAAAACCAUGCAAUGGUGACGCAAUUCAAAUAAGUUCUCCAAUUUACCAUCGUAUUGUUAAAUCUCUUGUGUAAUAAGAAAUUAAAUAAACAUAUGUGACUAUUGUAUGUAUGUAUGUACCUGUGUUUGGAGUGUGUGUCGUGCUGUUUUGUUAAAGAAAAUAUAUAAAUAAAAGAAAAAUCAGAC